ACCUUCUUCCUCCCAACCCCCACGCGACCAGCCACGAGCCCCAUUCCGGCUUCAACAACCGCUGCCAAGGGCCAUUUCGCCUCGUCCAACCACGGCCAGAGACAAUGGAGUCAAUAUCACGAAUCUCUGGCCUCCUGGAGGCUGCGAGAGAACUCACCCUCGAUGCCGCCCAGGCCACGCGCGGCGUCCGCACGAGCUCCAAGCUGCUCGACCGCAACCAGAUGCGGAAGCUGCUCGACAGCCGCAACGAGAGGGAGGUGUUGGAGGGACUGCGGCGUGUCAUAGCAAUGAUGUACCGUAACCACAAAACCUUACCCUUCUUUUCAUCCGUCGUCAAAAACGUCGCCUCGCCCAAUCUCGAAAUCAAGAAGCUCGUCUACAUCUACCUCAUCCACCAUGCCGAGCAAGAGCCCGAUCUCGCCCUGCUCUCCAUCAACACAAUCCAAAAGUCGCUCUCCGAUACAAACCCUCAAGUCCGAGCCCUCGCACUGAAAACCAUGUCCGGCAUCCGCGUGCCCGUCAUCAGCCAGAUUGUGUCGCUUGCCAUCAAGAAAGGCGUCGCCGACAUGAGCCCCCUGGUGCGCAAAGCCGCUGCUCUUUCGAUCCCGAAAUGCUAUCGGUUGGACCCGAGCCAGUCUCCCCAACUGUUGGAAUAUUUGGCAACGCUGCUAGGUGAUAAGCAGUAUUACGUUGCUGGCGCCGCAGUCUCGGCCUUUUUGGAGAUUUGCCCCGAAAGGAUCGACAUGAUACACAAGCAUUAUCGUGGCUUGGUCAAGAAGAUUGUUGACAUGGAUGAAUGGAGUCAGCUUGCUACGCUCAAGCUCAUGACAUACUAUGCACGAAAAUGCUUCCCCCGACGGGCUCAGCCAGCUACCACAUCCGAAGCUCCUCCAACGCAGACCCAAGGCACGAUCGAUGACUUUUAUGGGGAAUCAAGCUCACCCAAGCCCGCCACACACUCGACAUUGCUAGACCCUGAUCUGGCCCUACUGUUGAAUGGCAUCAGACCUCUUCUGCAGAGUCGAAACUCAGGUGUUGUCGUUGCCGUCACAAGGUGCUACAUAGACGUUGGCACUCCGGAAUACGUAAAGCAUGCAAUUGGCCCAUUGGUCGCCCUCUUGAGAGGGGCUCAGGACAUACAGCAAAUUGCAUUGUACAACAUCGUUUCUGUUUGUCUUGUGCGCCCACUUGACUUUGUCAAGUAUGCAAGCCACUUUUUGGUCAGAUCGACAGACAGCGCGCCGAUAUGGGAACUAAAGCUUGAAGUGCUGGCGCUCAUCUUCCCCCACAGUCCCAUCCAUGUCAAGAGUCUCAUUCUGAAGGAACUGGAACACUUUUCGCAAGGAUCUAAUAAGGCCCUUGUACGCGAAGCAGUCAGAGCUAUUGGACGCUGCGCCCAGGCAGAUGCUGCCACAGCCCCCAGGUGUCUCAAAUUGCUUCUGAGCCAGAUCACCAGCUUAGAUGGAACUUUAGCUGCCGAGUCAUUGACCGUCAUUCGACACCUCAUCCAGCAAGAUGCAGACGCACAUGCGGGAACGGUAGUGCGCCUGGCGAAAAACCUUGACUCAGCAACUGACCCUCAAGCAAGAGCAACAAUCAUCUGGCUGGUUGGCGAGUUUUCCGGCCUGAAUGGGGAAGACAACAUCGCCCCAGACGUCUUUCGCAUUCUCCUCAAGGAUUUUGCUAGUGAAUCGGAGGCUGCAAAGCGUCAGAUAUUACUGCUCGGCGCCAAAGUCUAUCUCCACCACCUGAACCGCCAGAGCGAGGCAGAAAAGAAUAGAGUAGGAGAGGAUGAUCCUCCCCAGGAGUUAGAGAAGCACCCUAUCGAAAGACUAUGGGACUACGUCCUACUUCUUGUGAGAUACGAUGUCUCUUUUGAUUUGCGAGACCGGGCCCGCAUGUAUCGUGCUGUGCUCUCUGUGCCGCAACUUGCUACCUUGAUGCUGCUUGCACCAAAGCCGGCUCCUCAGGCUCCAAGCCCGUCGGAAUCGAGAAAGGGGUUCCUGUUGGGCUCCUCGACUCUUGUCUUGGCUGGAGGCGGUGGUCUGCACGGCCUCAGGGGUUACGAGACGCUACCUGAUUGGGUCGAGCCCGGCAAGGAGCCUGAUCCCCGUUUACGCGAAUCGGAAAAGGAUGCUACGACAGCCCGCUAUGACAGUGAUAGACCCACGAUAUCGGCGGCUGAUAAGCUUGACGAGAUUGUUAGAUCGGCACCAGUUAGCAAGUCGAAUGGUGUUGGAGAGAGUCUGAGGACGAAGACGUUGGAUGACUGGCUGGCUGAGGAGGAGGAGGAGGAGGAAGAAGAGGAGGAGGAGGAGGAGGAGGAGAGUGAAGAGGAAGAAAGCGAGGAAGAAGAGGGUGAUGACGAGGAUGACGAUGAAGAGGAAGAGGAAGAAGACAGCGAUGACGACGGAGAGACGGAUAGACUAGUCAAGUCAUGAUACUGAUGAUUUGAUAUGCACAUAUAUGAAUAUUAGAGCUCAAUGUUGAGAGGGG